CUUCUGCGUCUUCCCCUCAGGCUUGCUUUGCUCUUUCUUGAGGUCUCUACCACCAGUCCCCAGCUCCAGUCUCCUUAUUUCUUCCCCUCGCGCGGCCCCCUCCCCUCAUUCCUCGCCGCAUUCUUAUUUUCUCAUGCCGACCCACGGAACACUGCUAGGUUCCUGAUCCAACUUUCCACCAACGCCCAUCGGCCUCACGACUCGACGACGAUACGACCUUUCGUCCCCCCUUUUCGCAGAUCACGGAAGAUUGCGUAUUCAGGGUGGGCCAUUAGACGAACCCGCCGUUGACUUCCACCCGGAAGUACAGAUCCGGCCCGCCGAGCACAUGCCUUCGCAGUGACUUGCACAAACACACACACCAUGCCCGCUGUCCAGAUGGAUGCCCUGGGGGCAUUUACUUACCUGACUGAGAACACCCCAACCUGGAUAAGUCAAAUCUCUGAACUGUCUGCCCACACGGCUAGCAAACGAGCCGAGUACGCCCAGGCCUACAAACAACAUACUGCGGUGAGACGACAACGCCGCCGCAGGAAUAGCUCUGUCUGCUCCAUCCACACCGACACCGAUCCUUCUCCCCAGCCGUCCGCGGGCGAAACGCGGGGGGAUAUCACAACGACCCCGGAAACCUCUCAUCACCAAUCGGCCGCCAAUCCCCCGAAACAUGGCGCGGAAGAUGUCCCGCCCUUGGGGGACUCGGACUCUAUUGAGCACAACCUAUGCGUCAGCACACGACACAACCUGAUCAUUCAUUACGACGGCCACACGCAGAAGACAUUAGAGGAGCUGGUGCGGAAUAUCGGGACAGCCCGAAAUAACAUCCGCAAAGCCCGCAUGUCUUCGCCGCGGCUGGGCUACAGCAUGCUGAGCAGAAACCCGUUGAUGAACAGCUCAAUGGCCUUGCUAGCGAGUGCCGAAACCACCGACGAGGAUGUGCUUUCUAACAUCCGCAGAGCCCGGGACCGGAACCCUGCCGUGCCCGCCAAGGAGUCGCUCGAGAAGGCCGACAAGUUCCUGGAAGUGGUACAUGGCAUAUGCGAGACGGCUGCGUACUGCUUCCUCCGGCUGGGAGACUGCUCCAAGGAGCUAGCCACUGUGGAGGAGCGACUCAAAACCGUACUAAAUCUAGCCACCAAAGAAGCAGAUCAGUUACGGGCUAAACAGCCACCAACGGAGAAAGAAGCAGUGGGGCGCAUAACACCCGUGACCAAAGCCCCCACUGAACAACCCUUCUCUCUCUCGAAGACCAACGAUGCCAUCGAGGUGGACGACGAUGACGGCUCGGAGUAUGGGGAGCCGAUCGACCUGACGGUUUUCCGCGUCAACCGGGCUCGUCGGUAGCAGCAUAUUGACGACCUCACAUACAAGACAGCAUUGCGGGCGCACUCUUUUAACGUGAAGGGGGAGCAUUCCAUCUAAUUUAGCGAUGAUACCAUUACCUUACCCUUGGACGACUCCUUUCUCUUUUUCCUGGCUUUUCUGUUUCUCACCUGCAUUUCCGGAUAUCAUCUUUUAACAGCGUUGGCCAUUGUAUGCAUUCUGUGUUCUUAGCUUAGCUUAGCCUUAGCUCAGUACCUAUAUCUACAUAGCCAAUCCCACGUACACCUAGGGCGUCAUCCAG